GAUGGCUUUAAAUUUCACGCCUAGUAAAAAGUUGAAAUGUUUUUCGAAGGGCCGGCACAGUCUGUGAGCAUGGGCGACCUGGACUGCGACAUCGGGCUGCUGGAGGCGUUGCUGCGAGAGGAGGUGGAGCCCCCGGCCCCCACGACCCCUGGCGCGACUCGGCCGUCGCAGCAGGCUGCGCCCGCCCCCUCGCCCGGCGCCGCCCUGCUCCCAGGCCGUGCGGAGCCCGACAAGUUGCAGGCGGCCGUGCCAGUGUCGCCUCUCGGUGAGCCGGCGCCGAGGAAGCAGCUCUCCAGCCACUUCCUGGAGACGCGCGGGAGCGGCCAGGUGCGCGCGGGCGACAUGGACUCCUCCGACGACGAGGACAACAAGUACUUCGAGGAGCAGAACUACACGGCGUACGGCCGCUCGGUGAAGCACCUCCUGGCAGGAAGGAGCGUGGACCCGGCGCCUGCCGGAGGCCCGGGACAGCGGGCGGGUCCCGGGGCGGCCUGGAGGAGCCCUCGGCCGCCGGUCAGCGCUGCCCCCGCGGGGCCGAGCCCCAGGCGCCCCUCCGUCGCCGAGCUGGACGCGGAUCCCGUCUUCGGGAUACGGAUGGUGAAGCCGCUGAUCUCGUCGCUGGCGCUGAAGGAGCGGGUUGUGGGGCGACAGGUGGUCCCGCUGGCUGCCCUCAAGCGACACCUGCUGCGCGAGGACCCCUCGGGCGACUGGGUGGUGGGCGGAGUGGUUGUCAGCAAGUCCGGCACCCGGACCUCCCAGAAGGGGGCGGAGUACGCCAUCUGGAGGAUCAGCGACCUGAAGGCGGGGCUGAAGACGGCGUCUGUGUUCCUGUUCGGGAAGUGCUUCAAGGAGCACUGGAAGACGAGCGUGGGCUCCGUCGUCGGCAUCUUGAACCCAAAGCCUCUGGAUAACCGGGACGGCAGUGGGGACGAAGCAACCCUGAGCGUGGACAACCCCCAGAAGGUGAUGAUCAUGGGGACGUCCAAGGACUUCGGCCUGUGCAAAGCCCGGAAGAAGAACGGCGACAGCUGCACGUCAUUCGUGAACGCGAGCGCGUGCGAGUACUGCGUGCACCACCUGCAGGCGGCGUACAAGAGCUGCUCGCGCCGGAUGGAGCUGCAGUCUCCGUGCGCCGGGCGCGGCCUGGACAAGCUGCGCAACAAGGUGCUGGGCAAGAACGAGGUGUUCUACGGCGGCCAGAGCUUCAUAGCGGUGCCGGCCAAGAAGAGCAGCAAGCAGGUGUCCAAGGACAGCGAGAGGCUGAGGAAGCUGUCAGACUUCUACAAUCCCGACGGGGGCCCGGGCUCGUCUCCGCCGGGCCGCGGCGGCAAGGAGAACCAGGCCCGCUCCAAGUACAUCUCCACGCUGCUGGACGCGGGCGGUGGCCAGGCGAGGAAGGACCAGGAGAGACUGCGCAAGCUCUGCGGGGCGCCCCUCAAGAGCUCCGGGGCCAACGCGCACACGCCGGGCCCCGAGGAGGAGCGCACGGCGGCCCCAGAGAAGGUGCAGACCAAGCUCGUGGUCCAGAGCGCGCCAGCCGCUGGCUCCCCGCCCCAGGCCGUGCUGGCGGCCGUGGUCCCCCAACUGGGGCGCGGCGUCCAGGCGUCGGGGCUCGUGGACUUGACCCCGCCCAGGGUCGUGCAUCGGGAGCGUGCCAAGAUGAAUGCACUGAAGUGGAUACAUAAGCACGGGCCCAUCACGAGAGAAGACCCCAACAAAGUCCCGGGUGCUGACAAGAACAAGCCCAGGGCCAAGAGAGAAGCUGAUGGAGACACAAGUGCCCCCAAACACGCGAGGCCUGACGUGGCCGGCCGGCCGGAGGGAGGGGCCCGGGGCGAGACCCCCAGGCCCGGGGUGAACGCCAGGUUCCGGGCGCUCCUGGAGGCCUCGUCCCGGCACAUGGACACCUCCUCUCUGACCACUGGUGUGCGACUGCCCUUCCGGCCGGCCGGAGGGAGGGGCCCGGGGCGAGACCCCCAGGCCCGGGGUGAACGCCAGGUUCCGGGCGCUCCUGGAGGCCUCGUCCCGGCACAUGGACACCUCCUCUCUGACCACUGGUGUGCGACUGCCCUUGCAGCCCCCAAGCACGCGAGGCCUGACGUGGCCGGCCGGCCGGAGGGAGGGGCCCGGGGCGAGACCCCCAGGCCCGGGGUGAACGCCAGGUUCCGGGCGCUCCUGGAGGCCUCGUCCCGGCACAUGGAGCUGGUGGAGGCCCGGGACUGCGAGGCGGAGGAGGAGUACUUCGACCGGCUGGAGAAGAAGGAGAAGCUGGAAGACAAGAUGCUGUCCACGUACAAGGUCCCUUGCAAGGCCGUCACCUGCCUCAAGUGCAAGUACACCGCCUUCUCGGCGUCGCAGCUGUGCAAGGCGGAGGGCCACGCCCUGAAGGUGACGGAUGGCGUGAAGAGGUUCUUCAGGUGCGGCAACUGCGGGAACCGAACUGUCUCGCUCGAGCUCAUCCCCGUGUGGAGCUGCAGGAACUGCGCCAGCUCGCGCUGGGAGCGCGCCCCCAUGCUCAAGGAAAAGAAGGCUGGCAUAUCGACGUCACUGUCGAUUCGCGGAGACGAGGAGAUGUUCAUUGGUUCGCUGCAGUCGAACGGAAACUUGGGCCUGCUUGUCCCGGAGUGACCGUCGCAAGCUCUUCGCAGUAUCUGCAACUUUCUUACCCAAGUGUCUAGUUUUGGAUUUUGGUUUUAUUUUGUAUGUUGGUUGUGCUGGUUACUAUUUUAAAAACAAACAACUUAAACUUUAAUUUAUAAAAAAACUUUAUAAAAUAAUAAUUAUAUUUUCAGUGACAAUUGUAGUUCCCCCCCCCCCCCCCCCCCUUUCCCCCGUGUACCAAUACGUCCUUCCUCCUGUCCCAUGUCUGCUAUACUGGGUGUCUUUCAACCUUAUACACUAAUGAAUAGUUAAAGUGUGAAUAUUGAAUAAGUCCUUCUUACAGUAUUCAAUUUGUCAUUAAAUUGCUUUUAAUUAGACUUGAAGUAAAUUUCGUGGCAUGACGUAAAAACAUCACAUCUUUGAUGGAAUUGGAUGACAGCCAUUAUUUUAAGCAAAAAUUUACAUUUUAAACCUGCUCUGAAUAUUCUGUGAUGUUGGAUGGAUUCAUCCAAUCAGAAUCCUCGCAGUACAAAAUACACACGACCACUGUAGCGACACUCGUACGGUAUUGAAACCUCGUAUGAUCACAUAUCGUAAUGUUUUAAUAAUUGUGAGUGGUAUUUUUUUAAUAUACCGGAAUGAUGUAAUGAACCAUUAACAUUCAUUAAAUAUUUUUAAAAUCAUAGGCUUUCAAUUUAAGGAUUAAUUUUUGUUAAUUAUUUAAGCUGAAGGUUGGCCCCUUGUUACAUACGCGACUCGAGUAGGAUUUUAUCUCUGAAAUGCUGAUGCAAUAUUUUCUGGCAUAAUUUUAGGUCUCCCUAUUUUUUUUAAACAAUAAAUAGUCUGUAAUUCUGUUUCUGGACGUAAUAAUGAUAAUAAUUAGGAUAAUCUGUAAUACUUGGUUGCCAGCUCUGGCUUCGGUUACUAGCUGGCAGACAUGCUUUAGAUUUGCAGGGAAAGCAAAUGUACCAACGUUGGAGUUCCCCCCCCCCCCCCUCAUCAAAUUUAAUUUGGGCAUAAUGUAUUGUCGACAACCAGUGUUUACAAAUGGUUAACACCAUACAAAAAUAAAUAAGAAAGAUAGCGAGGAAGUAAUGGGCUACACCUAUACCCAGGGACCAUGGCAGGACUUUCCUUAUGCGGUUGCGACAAACCAGAAACCAUGCAAAACUGAAACACGAGAUUGUACCAUCCACCUUGCUCUGCACGUCGUUACAUGUUUACACCCUUGUCUCAAGAGAAGACACUUUCCUUCCUUGAUCGACGAACGUGCGAGUACUGCUGUGAACUAACACAAUUUCCCAGGUCAAAUAAAGAUUAUAAUGGAAUCAAA